AUGGCCACCGUUAACGUAGGCAUGCAAUGGUACUUCAUAAUCUCCUUAUUCAUCUUCAUUAUGUGCACCUUUCUUCUUCGCUUUCUCUUCAAAAGGCCAACCAGUUCAUCAAGCACCACCCACUUGCGCCUCCCUCGAAGCCCACCUGCUCUUCCUCUCAUUGGUCAUCUCCAUCUCAUGAGCCUAACAGUCCACAAAUCCGUCACUGAUAUCUGCCAUAAAUAUGGUCCUCUCCUCUAUCUCCGUAUUGGAUCUAUGCGCUGGGUUGUUGUUUCAUCAGGUGCUGUGGCCAUGGAAAUCUUCAAAACACAUGAUAUUAACUUUUCUUAUCGCCCACAAUCUGUUUUUAGGGAUAGUAUAUUCCUGGGAAAUCUUGGGAUGUUCACUGCACCAUAUGGAGAUUACAGGAGAUUCAUGAAGAAACUUUGCGUUAAUGAUCUACUUGGAGCGCGGCACCUUGAAAAGUCACGUAAUGUUAGACGCGAAGAAAUUGUGCGACUCUUGAGCAAAAUAUUGGAGAAAGCUGGAUUUUCAGAGGGAAAUUGUGAGGCUGAUAUGAUGAAAGAGAUGGUGGAGUCACUAGCGCUGACUGUCAAAUUUUUGUCUGCUGAAGCACUAGAAGAGCAUGAAUUAAGAGCAAAUGGAGAUGGCGACAGAUCCGAAAAUAGAGAUUUGAUGGAUAUCCUCUUGGAGGUAUAUCAUGAUGAAAAAUCGGAGUUCAAGAUUACCAAAACAAACAUCAAAGCCUUCCUUCUGGAUAUCUUAAUUGCUGGAAUCAAUGGCACAGAUGAGACGGUAAAAUGGGCAAUAGCGGAGCUUAUCAACCAUCCUGAUUCAUUUAAUAAAGCUAGGGAAGAGAUUGAAUCAGCUGUUGGAAGAAAUAGACUUGUUGAAGAAUCAGAUAUACGAAAUCUUCCUUUUUUGCAGGCUGUGGUGAAGGAAACAAUGAGAAUUCAUCCACAUGUCCCUAUAAUAUUCAGGGAACCCCAUAGAAAUUGUAAUAUCAAAGGCUUCGAUAUACCUGGAAAAACUAUAACACUUAUUAAUGCAUAUGCCAUAAUGAGGGAUCCUGAGUUUUGGGAUAAACCAAACGAGUUCCGCCCUGAGAGGUUCUUGGUUUAUUCCAAAGAAGAAGAAGAUAGUGAGACAAAGAAACAACUUUUCAAUUAUUUUCCAUUUGGAGGAGGAAAGAGAGCCUGCCCGGGUGCAUUGUUAUCAUCAAACAUCGUGAGUGCUGCAACAGCUGCAAUGGUUCAAUGCUUUGAUUUUGAAGUUGAAGGCAGUAAGUUUAAACUGCAAGCUGGACCAGGAAUGUCAAUGCACUUGUCUCAGCAACUUAUGUGUCGCCCUGUGGGAGAACUCUUAGCCAUGGUGAUUUUGUGUGAGGGAGAACAUGGGGCUGUUGGACCUCUGGCUUUAAUAGUUCAGGAUGCUGUCUGCACAAGGAUGGUGGGAAUGGGACUGUUAGGCAGGCAAGGUGCUGGCUACUAG